UCAUUAUUUUAUCACUAGGCCGUCUAUUAUUUACAAAUUUCUUAAACAUUAAAUUUAAUGUCUACUUUCAAAAUUUGUGUUGCAAUCAAUUAUUUUACAAAAUGAUUAAAUCUACAACACUUUCUAUGUUAAUGUAUUGUAGUAUCAAUAACCAAUAUUGUGGUAGACUUUCUUGCAGAUAUUUUGGGAAAAGUCUAGCUCUCAAAAUAACCAAAGGUAAUGGAAGACUCUCUCAACAGAUGGAUGCUCUAAAAUUUGAUCAGAAGAAGAAAGCAGUGUCGCUGACAAAGACUGAGAUGCCUACUGCGAAGGAGAGUCAUGAUGUUGUGGUGAAAGUCAAGUAUGCAGGAGUCUGUGGAACAGACUUACAUAUCAUAGAUGGGCAGUUCCCUUGUGCAGACUGGCCCAUCAUUUUGGGUCAUGAGCUGAGCGGAGUGGUGGAUUCUGUUGGAGCCAAGGUAAAACAUGUCAAACAAGGAGACAGGGUGGCCGUGGAUCCUAACACAGGGUGUGGUACUUGUGUGUACUGCACGACAGGCCGUUACCAUCAGUGUCCCGAGGGAGGCCUCGCCACCACCGUCGGUAUCUACAAGAAUGGAGGUUGGGCCCAAUACUGCAAAGCAUCUGCCGGACAAAUCUUCAGACUACCAGAGUCUGUCACUUUCCAACAAGCUGUGCUGGCUGAGCCGAUGUCAUGUAUAUCUCAUACCUGGGACUUGAUGACGCCAGUACCUAUAGGUUCGUCUGUACUGGUUCUGGGAGCUGGUAUCAUUGGUAACCUGGUCAGUGCCUUACUGCACCAUUCUGGCCACCGCAAAGUUGUCGUGUGCGAGCCUUCCCCGGCUAGACAGGCUCUCAACAAGAAACUUGACACAGGAUUCAAGUGCUGCAGCCCGGAGGAGCUGAAGGCCAUGAAGGCCGGUAAUCCUCAGUGGGGGGUAGACCUGUGUGUGGACUGUAGUGGAAAUGGUCAAGCGAUGGAAGAAGCUGUCUCUCUGCUUAACCCCUGCGGCAGACUGUGUAUCUUUGGCGUAGCUUCCCCUGACGCUAAGAUGAGCGUAUCACCGUUUGACACGUUCUUGAAAGAAUUGACCAUUGUGGGUGCUACAAUAAACCCUUUCAGCUUCCAAAACGCUCUCAACUUCAUAGAGGCUAUGGGUUCCAGAUUUGUGGACUUCGGAAAAUUGGGAGUGCAGGUGUUUUCACCCGAAAAGUACAAGGAGGCAUUUGAAUCCCUCAGAAAAGGACAAAUCGCCAAAGCAGUUUUCAAAUUUUCCUAGGUGAGAAAAGGCUCUCUAAACAGAUGGACGCCCUACAGUUUGACCUGAAGAAGAAGCAGGUGUCGCUGACCAAGACUGAGAUGCCUACUGCAGUGGAGAGCCGUGAUGUCGUUGUGAAGGUCAAAUAUGCCGGAG